AAUACCUUGUCUGCGUGCGGAGUCCGAUCCCAUUCUGCCGGCCGAAACUGGACAAGACACUAGAACCUGAGACACAGCAAGACACAUUCACGGUUGCGAAACGUUCAUUCACCACAAAAUUCCGCCCAGCAUACGGUCCCAAACGCCGUGUCGAAAAAGAUCCCUUCCUCCCCUCUUCAUGCCUAAUCUGCACUUCCUCAAGAAAAAGCGGACGAAGGAUACUUCGGGUUCCAAGGACCUGGAAACUCCGUCGUCCCCGACAAAGGACACCCUUACCUCUCCCAUCGCAGCGGUCUUCAACCGGUUCAAACCUGAAGAGUCCCAUCCGUCCGCGACCGCGUCGUCUGCCCAGCCCAGUCAAUCGACCGAAGCGUCCGGCACGAACCAGUCGACCACAACCGCUGCCACCUCCGCGGACAGUCAACCUCAAAAAGGGGGAGAGAUGGCGUCCGCACUCCAACAGCCUUCCCCGCCAGGGCCGCAUCCAUCGAGCCAUCAGAAUUCCCCGAGCAUUCAAAACCUCCUUAAUAAGGACUCCGAGUCCCAACAGACCCUCACCCCGCAACAGACAUCCAUAAACUCCACUCCAGCAAAUGGCGGCAUCCUAAUACCGGGUCUCGCAGGCGGGCAGACACCGAACCAGACGAUGCGAUCUACCAAAGGGAAGUACACCCUCGACGACUUCGACCUCCAGCGGACACUGGGGACGGGAAGCUUUGGUCGGGUGCACCUGGUCAAGUCGAAACAUAACCAGCGCUUCUAUGCGAUCAAGGUCUUGAAGAAGGCGCAGGUGGUGAAGAUGAAGCAGGUGGAGCAUACGAAUGACGAGCGGAGAAUGCUGCAGCGGGUUAAGCAUCCGUUCUUGAUCACGCUGUGGGGCACCUUUCAGGAUGCGCGGAAUCUAUACAUGGUCAUGGAUUUCGUGGAAGGUGGAGAGCUGUUCAGCUUGCUGAGAAAGUCGCAGCGAUUCCCCAAUCCCGUAGCUAAAUUCUAUGCAGCGGAAGUCACAUUGGCACUGGACUACCUGCACUCCAUGAACAUCAUCUACCGCGACCUGAAGCCCGAAAAUUUGCUCCUUGACCGCCACGGCCAUCUGAAAAUCACCGAUUUCGGCUUCGCGAAGGAGGUGCCUGACAUCACGUGGACUCUUUGCGGAACGCCCGACUACCUUGCCCCCGAAGUCGUCGCUUCAAAAGGGUACAACAAGUCUGUCGACUGGUGGUCCCUCGGCAUCCUCAUCUUCGAGAUGCUCUGCGGCUUCACCCCCUUCUGGGACGGCGGCUCGCCCAUGAAGAUCUACGAGAACAUCCUCAAAGGACGCGUUAAGUACCCGCCGUACAUCCAUCCGGACGCGCAGGACCUGCUGCAGAAGCUCAUCACGCCGGACCUGACGAAGCGGCUCGGCAACCUGCAUGGCGGCAGCAAGGACGUUAUGACGCAUCCCUGGUUCGCGGAGGUCACGUGGGAGCGGCUCGCGAAGAAGGAUAUCGAUGCGCCGUACGUACCACCUGUGAAGGCGGGCAUGGGAGAUUCGAGCCAGUUUGAUAAGUAUGCGGAGGAGACGGAGCCGUAUGGGGCGGGGGGCGACGAUCAGCACGGUCGCUUGUUCGUCGACUUUUAGAUGGACAGACUUGGUGUCAGACGCGGAGGAACAUCCGGUCUUAUCGG